UGCGAUUUCGCCAACAGACUUGCUGUUCUUGUUUUGUAAUUAUUUAAAACUUGUCUAUUUUGAGACAGAAGUUGAGUAGCCACUAAACUAGUGAUUGUGCUUUAACCCUACUAACCAUAUUUCAAAACAAGAUAUAAAUAACCGACACAUUUUAAGAAUGAGUGACAAAAUCUAUAGUAAUUUCGUGAAAGCAAGUUCACCUGUAGAAGACGUAAAUACUAAACAGGAUAUUACAGUGUUAAGUGGAGAAGAAGCAAGAAAAUUAUAUCUUGAAGAGGUAAAACACGCAAAAGCACCAAGCAGGAUCAAGACACAUGGAAUAGAAAAAAAGAAAAAGGUUACAGAAGAAGAAACACCACUAUCAAACAAAGACUUGUUUCUUACAGUACAAAAUAAUGAUAUUGACAAACUUAAAUGUGAACUAGAUAGAUACCCUGAUAAGCUAAAUAUUGUUGACGAGUUUGGCUGGAAUUUACUGAUGAUAGCGUGCCAAGUAAACUCUGUCGAUGUUGUAAAACUAUUAUUAAAAAGAGGAAUAGAUAUGUCUGUAAGAGACAAAGCUGGUAAUUCCGCCCGAAGUUUAGUGAUUAAGAACAAAAAUUAUAUUCUAGCUGAUAUUUUACUAAGAUACAUACAGAAAGAAUCUCCACUGAAAUCAAAACCAAAACAAACAUCAGCAACAGUCAAAUUGAAAGAAGAAUAUUUGUGUAACGCUUGUAACAAAACGUUUCCUGAUAGAGAAGAACAUUUGUCCUCAACAAUACACAAUAUAACAGCUAGUAAAGGGAAGAAAAUACCGGCAUGUUAUAUGUUACCAGAAACAAAUAGAGGAUAUCAGUUAAUGCUGAAAGGAGGAUGGGAUAAACAGUCUGGUCUAGGCAGAGAUGGAAAUGGCAAACUUUAUCCUAUUAAAACUGUACAAAAGAAGGACAGAAAAGGCCUUGGGCAUGCCGAACAAAACCCUAUAGACAAAACACAAGACAAUGUUAAACAUAAAAAUAGAAUGAAGUUGGCAAGAGACCAUCGGAGUGACAAAUCAUUUGAAAUAAAGUUUAGACGUGAAUUUUACUGAAA